CAUAGCACUCAAUUUUAGUAUUCUUAGAAGCAAAGUCUUUGGUGUGAGGAAAGUGUUGAUGGCGCAGAGAGCUGAACCAAUAUUGGUCACCACAGAUGUUUUCCAAAUGGGAAAUAUCAAAUGGAAGCAAUUCAACAUUGAUACAUCCAAUGCUUCCUCCUCACCUCCAAAACCAUUGUUAAUCUUUACACCAACCGUGCCUGGCUCAUACCCUGUAAUAUUGUUCUGCCAUGGAUUUUCCCUUCGCAAUAGCUACUACUCUGAGCUCCUAGGCCACAUAGCUUCACAUGGAUUCAUAAUUGUUGCUCCUCAGCUGUGUUGGAGUGUACGGUCUAUGUUGGAACCUGGUGAUGAAGUUAAAUUUGCAGGGAAAGUUGUGGAUUGGCUAGCCGAGGAGGGGCUUCAACCUCUGCUUCCAGAGAAUGUUGAAGCCAAAUUGGAUAAAUUGGUUUUAUCAGGUCACAGCAAGGGUGGCAAAACUGUAUUUGCUGUGGCACUUGGUUAUGCUAAAACUAACCUCAAGUUUUCAGCACUAGUAGGCAUAGACCCUGUGGCUGGCCCAUGUAAAUCUUGCGAAACAUUUCCUCCUAUUCUCACUGGCAUGUCCCAAUCCUUCAAUUUGAACAUACCCAUUGUUGUAAUUGGCACUGGGCUAGGCCCAGAGAAGGCUAAUUUUUUUAUUCCACCAUGUGCUCCUGAUGGGGUGAACCAUAAGGAGUUUUUCAAUAAGUGCAAACCCCCUUGUGCACAUUUUGUUGCAACUGAGUAUGGUCACAUGGACAUGUUGGAUGAUGUGACACCUGGCUUAAUUGGGUCAAUAUUGUCAAAUUGUAUAUGCAAGGAUGGGAAGGGUCCUAGGGACUUGAUGAGAAGGACCGUGGGAGGGUUGGUUGUGGCCUUCUUAAGGGCACAGUUGAAUGGCCUAUGGAAGGAUUUUAAUGCUGUUUUGGCGAAUCCUAAUCUUGCUCCUACUAAACUGGAUGAUGUAGUGUACGUACCCGCAUGAAGUCCAUACUCAAUAUUAAAGGCUCUUUGGUUCGAUGCUGAAUUGCUUUCAAUGCCAAAGUUUCUUUUCAAAGAAAUCAAGUUUCUUUCGAUGAUGUUUGUUUUUGUUUCCAUAAAAGGCUUGUAAAUGGAAUUUUAAAAUAAUCUUCUAUUGUUUACAUUCUCUGUCGA